GUAGGAUUGGAGAACGGAACGUAGCAUGGAGAGAGCGAGCAAGUGUGUGUGUGUGAAAGGGAUGCAAGAGAGGUUUGGAAGAUGGCGGAUUACAAGCGAACGACGACAGAGUGCUGUGCAUAAUUAAAAUUAAAAUAAAGUGCUUAAGACGAAGAUAUAUCCCGUAUUUCUUUUAACCAAUAUCCCACAGCUUUGGAGGCUCGUCCGGGAUAUAAAAGAAAUACGGAUCACGACGAUUUACGACGAUGUCACUGAAAGACGUGAUUGUGGAAAAGUGUGUUACAGACGACGACCACGCGGACUUCACAAUGGCGGCGUUAUUUCUGGAUGGAAUUCCUAAGUUCAGCGGAGAUGACAAGACGUUAUCAUCAUCGAAGUGGGCGCAAGACAUCGAGGAUAAUGCUGAAAUAUUCAGAUGGACAGCACAGCAAAAAUUAAUAUUUGCACGAAGGUCACUUAUAGGCACGGCGGCCCUGUGGCUCAGGAGUGAAAAAGCAUUCAAGACGUACGAUGACCUUAAGGCGGCAGUGCAGAGAGAAUUUCCAGAUACCGUAAAUAUCAAGGAAAUGCACGAACUUAUGACGUCCCGCAAGAAACGACGAAAUGAAUCAUAUUAUCAGUAUAUGUUACACAUGAAGGAGUUAGCACGCAGAGCAAAGUUUCCCGAUUAUGUAGGCGUGCAAUACAUAAUAGAUGGCAUUCAAGAUCAUGAAUCAAACAAAUCUAUACUAUACGGUGCUACGUCUUACCCGGCGCUGAAAGAAAAAAUAGUUUUGUAUGAAAAAAUGAAAUCGAAGUCGAGUGCGAGUCAUACUAAAAGUAUACCUAUAACUAAGCCGGAUAGUGUAACUACAAGUGAAAAUAAAAUAAUAAGUGAGCGGUCAGAUCAACAUAAAGGUCAGAAUAGAAGGUGUUUUAAUUGUGGUGAUCGUUCCCACAUAGCACGGAUGUGUCCGAACGGGAUAAAGUGUUUUGGUUGUAAUAAUUACGGACACAGGAACGGACCUGAAUGUAAAUUAAAUAUGGCGUCUGCAAGACCAAGUUCAUCGAAAAUAGAAUACAAAACAGGCGACGCAAGCGCCAGCGGCAGCGCGUCAGUCGGCGGAUCGGCGAAACAGUAUAACUAUAAUAUGCACUAUGGCAUUGUGACAGAUAGCCAACCUAACGAAAAUCGAACUGUCAGUGUCAUGUCACGAUCGGCGUCUGCGGCGGACUUUGACGUAAUGCAAAUUCAAAACAAAAUUAUGCCCGGAAAGCCUAUGAAAGAAGUUACAGUGAAAGAAUUUACAAUGAAAGCAUUGGUGGAUACGGGCAGCGACGUAAAUUUAAUAUCUCACGAGUGUUUUAACGCGAUCGGCGCGAGAAUUUCCGAAGAUUAUUUAUGUUUAACGGGACUCGGACAUACGCAAGUGAAAUCUUUAGGCAAAGUGUUGUUUAACUUAACUAUUGACGAUGUAGAAUUUAAAGACGUGUUAUUUCAUAUUGUUACUAAAGAUGUUAUGCCAUUUCAUAUGAUAUUAGGACAGGAAUUCUUAAAAAAUAUAACCAUGAUAGUAAAUGGGGAUAAAGUUGUGUUUUUGAAUGAAUGUGAGGGUUGGAUGUCGAAGUUGUCUUGUUUUUCAGAUUCUAUUGUAGAAGUUGAUCAUAUCUUGGACCCAAAUGUGAAACAGCGGGUGUUACAAUGCAUUCAAAGUUAUAACCCGAUUCAAGUGAAAGAGGCACCCAUCCAGUUGAAGAUUAUUCUCAAAGACGACAUUCCUGUUAAACAGCGGCCUCGAAGAUUAUCUUUGGUUGAACAAAAACUAGUGGAUGAUCAGGUUAGCGAGUGGCUAAGUACAGGAAUAAUUCGGCAAAAGACGAACAACAAGCUGUCGAAAGACUCCAGUUGGUGUUAAAAGUAGCUUCAGAGUAUGGUUUGCAGAUUAAUUGGAAAAAGGCUAACCUUAUUAAACGUGAAAUUGAAUAUUUAGGUCACAACAUAAAGGACGGAG